GACAAAUUUAAAUAUCAAACAUUAACUCAAGAAUUAUUGCAAAUAGACAAAUCCAUUAGAAUAUUUUUGUGUGCAUAAAAAAAGAAGUGGAAAAAACUCCGUUCUUUGGGAAAUUGAUAUUUUUUAAUAUAAAUCAUGACAAUCAAAUAUUGUUUCCUACUUUUGAUGAUUUCACAAAUAUUGAUUGUGAAUAAAGCUCAGAGUCAAGCAUACGAAACGAAAUACGACGAUAUUGAUUUAGACGAAUUAUUGAAAAAUGACCGUCUGCGACAUAGUUACGUCAAGUGUUUGUUGGGAGAAGGUCCAUGCACUCCCGAUGGCCAGGAGCUGAAAAAUGCCUUACCCGAUGCCAUUCAGUCUGAGUGUUCAAAAUGUACUGAAAAGCAGAAGGCUGGGGCGGAAAAAGUUACACAUUAUCUCAUCGAUAACAAACCGGAUGAAUGGCAAAAACUAGCUGAUAAAUAUGAUAAAGAUGACGACUAUAAAACAAAAUAUUUGAUGGAAAAGGAGAAGGAAAAACAAAAAUCAAAAUCAUCUGAUGAAAGUAAAGACAGUGAAGAAGACUGAGAACAAUAGGUGGGUAGUAAUAUCAAUAUAGUAUUGUAGGUGACGUACAAAUGAUUUAAUAAAAUGAAUUUUAGUGACUAUU